AUGGCCGUCAGCCGUCGAUUAAUCUCCUCGAUCGUUCUCCCUGUUUUCGUCAGCCUCGUCGCGUCGCAAGCUUUGCUUCUCACCGCAGCCCACAGCGGCGAUGCGGCAGGUGACGCACUAGCGGGCGCGGGUGCAUAUGGUUCGCUACUACAUGCCACGGCCAGUAUACCGCGACGUUUCCUAGGCAGCAGCGGAGGCAGCAGUCCGCUCGCGAGCGUGCCGGUGCUCGCGGCGCUCGUGGCGGCGGCGGCGUGCCUCGCGCUCAUCGCGGGGAUCAUCUUGUGGAGCCUCUGCGCUCCGCGGAAGCCGCCAUGCGCGGAGAAGCACAAGGCGCAGAAGCUCGCGCUCCUGCCGGUGCUGCAAGCCACGUCGGAUUUCAACGCGUCGCUCAAGGUGGGCGCGGGGGAUUUCGGCGAGGCGUACGCGUGCGUGGGGCCCAAGGGGGAGGACUGGCUCGUCGUGCGCGGAACGUCCUCCGCCGAGAACGGCCGCGCGUUCCGCCGAGAGGUGGAUCGUCUAAACGACGUGUCCCACCCGGCCAUUUCGCAGCUGCUCGGGUGGUGUGACGACCGGCGGGAGCGGCUGUUGGUCUACGGCAUGCGGCAGGGCGUCACUCUCGCGGAGCGCCUGCGCCUGCAGCGCGAGGAGCGCGGGAUGGGGGAUGACGACGGCGGCGGGCGCGCGCUGACGUUUCUGGAGCGCCUGGACGUGGCGAUUGCUGUGGCGGAGGCAUUAGCGUACAUGCACCGCGACUGCCAGCCGCAGUUGUUACAUCGGGAGGUCUGCUCGAGCAAUGUACUGCUGUUGCCAGGGUCCCCUGCGGCCAUGCUAACGAGUGUAGGCCUAAUCAAGGGCCUCCCCUCCGCCCCAACGGCAAAGCGAGUGCGCAACAGCGCAGGGUACCUGGACCCGGACUACUUCCACUCUCUGCGCGCCACCGCCGCCACCGACGUCUAUUCCUUCGGGGUCGUGCUGCUAGAGCUGCUCACAGGGCAGCUCGCUGAAUCCCAUGACUCCAAAAAGGCCUCGCGUAAAUCGUAUAUUAAUAUCCAGUGGGCGGUGCGGCAUAUCAACGCGUCGGAUGUCUCGGCGGUUCUGGACCCUCGGAUGGACCACGGAGUUCCCGAGGCCGCGAUCAAGCGGUUCGCAGGCGUGGCGGUGCUGUGCGUGGCGCGGCACACGCGCAAGCGCCCCGAUUCCGCCUCCGUGCUGCGCUUCCUGAACGAGAUCCGUGCCGACUUGGCCCCGUCUCUCCUCUCCUCAGCUCUCUCCAUCUCCCGCUCCCCCUCCUCAGCCCCUUCGUCGACUCUUUCCGCGCUCUCUGCUGCUUCUGGCGCCAUGCCUAUCUCUGCCUCUAUCGGCGCCAUCCCCGGAAAGCCUGUCUCGAUAGUGGAUAUAGGCGAGGACGAAUACGCGGAAGACUCGCGGUUAGAAGUCGCACCGCUGUACGAGUCCCAGUUCUCGUACUACGACUUGGUGGAGGCGACCAAGAGAUUCAGCAAGAAGCGGUGGAUGCGGAGGAGCUACCUGGGGGAGGUGUAUCAGGGCACGCUGGGUGCGGGCAGCGAUGUGAUGGUGGUGCGGCACACGGGCAGUGGCGGCGAGGCUUGGGUCAACCAGUCUGUGGCUGGCGCCAAGGCGCUUGCUAAGGUGCACCAUCCGGACCUGGCGACGAUGCUGGGGUGCAGCAUCGGGCCGGACUACUGCGUACUGGUCUUCAACUACAUCCCCUUCCCCUCGCUCUCGCACCUCCUGCACACUGAUGGUGAGUCCAAUGCGUUCCCACUAUGA